AUCUUUGCCAUUAUCGCAAGAAGCACUCUUGCGACGUUUUUACAAUACAGCCUCCGCUGUUCGGAAACGACACUCGUCUGGUCACCUUGCUGAAAGGGUUCGCCUUUCUCCUGAAGACAAUCAGAAUCGACUCGUUCAAAUCAAGCAAACAUGGCCACCUUGACCGUUCAAAAUGCUCAGCCUGGCUUGGUCCCCGCGAGCUCAUACCUGCAUACUACCAGCCCGAACGGGAGCUCAACUGGUACACACCGUGACGAGCCAUAUAUCAAUUCGAUGUCUCCGUCACCGGUACCACUCCACGGAUCAAACCACGCUGGACCGAUGUUGGGGAUGCAGUACGAUGGGGGCAUGCCCAGAAUGAGCAAUGCUGGCCGAAGAGCCUCGUCUCCGGCGGCGCUCUAUCAACAGGGUCAAAUGAUGUCGUUCGCCGCUCCGAGUAACAUGUACUCGAAUGGCAAUGGCUACGGCCAGCCAGCAGUGGUGCCGCCUGCUGGCACCAACCCCCUUUCGACAUUCCUAGUCGAUAGGCCUCCUCUGCCCAAUCAUUCGCUUUCGCAUUCGGUCGGACCCUCGGUGCCCAUGUGGCAGCAAGGCACCGCUUCGAUGCAAGGGCGAGCCACACAGAACGGGAUGAAUGCGAGCAGUUUCCGACGAGGCAGUCUCGGUGGUCAUCUGGCGACACAGCAAGAGCAUGCUGCGUCUGGGUACAGCAACAACGACGUGCAUCCCACCCUCGAUUUCCAUCAUCAAUUUCAUCAUAGCACGAUGUACGAUACUUAUCAGGUCAAGCAUCGCAAGCGGACAUCACCGGAGCAGCUGUCUGUCCUGGAAAAGUCGUUCGACGAGAAUUGCAAGCCGAGUGCGGUGACGAGAAAGCUUCUGGCCGACCAGAUAGGAAUGACUCCGCGCAGCGUUCAGGUCUGGUUUCAGAACAGACGCCAAAAGCGGAAGAUGUUGGAGCGGAAGAAGGCUGAAGAGGAUGACGCAGAUGACGAAGAGCCAGCCGCGACUCAAGGCUUUACGUCGAUGCUGCACAUUCGUGGUGAACACGAUAUGUCUGGGAAUGGCCAUCACUUGGAGGCGAUGCGAGCAAACGAACUGGACGGCUGGAGUAGCCGACAUCCGCUAUAUGACGCUCCCGAAAAGAACGGUCAUUCAGGGCCAGCUGCGGCGGCCGGAUCGGACGCCGUUGCGGGCCAGAAUGCCUCGCUAUAUGGAUAUCCUCGUGGUCAACCUCCUCAUCCCCAGAACCCGGCUCGAUACGGACACUCUACGGUACCCGGUCGACGGGGUAGUCUUCCUUACCCUCCACCCAUCGUGAUCAAUGGUAGCAACCGCCUGGUACCGCAGACGGAACGACCCACCAAAUCUCAGAUUCCAAUGCAUCUGGCGAUGACGCUUGGAGGUCGACGAGCCAGUUUGCCGGUCAACUCGCGGUCUUUCUCGUUGGGGUCGUUUACGCCACCAAGAAAUGGCGCUCCAUCACAGAGGCUACCCAUGCCGAGCAAACGAGAGCUCAGCCCUAUCGUGGAUCAGGACCCCCAGCAGCCUUUCGACACGUCUUUGCUCACGGCCUUCUCCCCAGACGAGAUGCAUCCCCCGGUCGAUGGCAUUUCGCUUUACAACGGAUCUGUACCUGGACCGCUUCCCAACCCGGCCUUCUCGUUUGGCUUCAACGAUCCAAAUGCUCCACCGAUAAACGUCAACGACUCUGCACUGCCGCUGAUGACCCCCUUCGCGGACCACCACGGUUUACCCUCUGCCAACUACAUGUACCGCGACCGUAUCGGCAGCAUGACGAGCAUAUUCAGUCAAGAGACAACGGAUUCCAACGCGGAUACGAUCGGCGAAUACCCUUAUAUGGGAAACUUUGAUCAGGACGGGGCGAGGAUACUGCUGCCGGAUGAGAACCUCAUGCUACCUAUCGAGUUCGACUCGAAUGCCAGGCGGGCUUCUGCCCCGGCGGAUCUACUUCAGAAGGUCAACUUGUCUUCGGACAACAAAAAGCGGCAGUCUCCGCUGAACCAGUCAUUCAACUUUGGCUCCAAUAAUGCCGUGCCGAAUGAGCAUAUCUCAGAGUCUUCAAACGGGCAUGCGAGCGAUCAUUCAGGCCAUCUAUCUUCGAUCGGAUCCUCCAUCGUCAACGGAGACCAACAGCCUUAUAUAUAUCCACUCACCGCACUGCAUGAUCACGGGGGUUUGCAAAGUCAAGGUCUAAAUGAUCUAGCUUUUCACGAGCAAGUCGGGGGCACAGCAGCAUAUCAAAGAUCGUCGUUGGACAAUUCAGAGUCAUGGACAAAUGGCGGUUGGCAAUGAGGCAUUUGUUUCGAAAGCAAGACCUGGGGACAAUUCUGAGGUUACUUCUUCUUGGGAAUGUUGUAAGGCGUCCGAAAGGUAUCAAGUUGUAUUCGAGGGCGUUCGUCGCAUGUAGACAUGUAUCACUUUAUCUACCUACAUAUAGGACGAGACGGUCACAUAGGACAGAGAUUGCAAUCCUAUCGCUCAAGCAGGAACACCGCUGGAACCCUGUGCAGC